AUGAAUUUCGAUAAGUUCAAUCCCCUAUCGAAAAGAGGGUUUUCAAGUAGUAGUGGCUAUUCUGGUUCAAAUCAUUCAGUUGCAAACCACAAGAAUUUCCCUGAAGUUGACUGGUCCAAAGUAGAUAAAGAUAUCAGUGAUUGGGGAAUUGAAGAUACUUUAAGUCAAGCAUCUCGAAAGUUUCUGGAAUUGGGUCCAAUUGAUAUAACUAUCCCUCCAACCACAGAAAACUUUCAGAUAUUCAUCAAAACUUACUUGAAACUUAAUCUAACUCCUGAAUUCUGGGAGAAAUUUAAAUACAACUUGAUAAUAUCCAAUCUUCUAGAUGAUUCGAUGAUAUUAUCCAAGAAUGAACAAAGUCUUAAGGAUUUAAACCAUCAAAUACGACCUUUGAAAGGGUUUAAUCAUCAUCAAACUCAAUUAUUCAUUGAAAGACAUUAUAUGUUGAAACUCCCGAUAAUUUCUUCCAAUUCCAUCAUCAUCAUUAUUGGUCUUAUUAUAGAGUUAUUGAAACUGACCUUAGGUAAUGGGAUCAAUACCAAUCACUGGGCUAAGUUCAAAAUCUUACUUAUCUUAUCCACCAAAUACAUUAAAUUCAAACGUAUAAAAGUUAUGAUUCUAAUGAAUAAGAAUCUUAACCUCCAACGACAUUUCCUUAUCAAUAACUUCAAAAUCAACUUAAAGCUCAUCAAAUCCUUACUUAACCUUAAACAGAUGAAACUUUUCAAAGCUAUCAAUUAUCAAGAAUUCAAUAAUCUUAUCAAUUCCAUUCAUUUCUUAAAAUUAAGUCUAUCUAACUCCAUUGGUCAGUUAUUACCUUUAGUCAAUGGAGAUAACUUUGAGAAGUAUUAUAAGUUUAAUCACCUUAAUCUUGAUCAAUUCGAUACCAUAGAAAGUAAAGACGAAGAACAAGAACUUCUCAAUAACAUCAAUUAUUUCAAUACUUUGAGGAAACUUCUAAUAUGUCAAUUACUUACUCUUGAUGAGAAAAGUACUAACAAUUAUUUACUUUUGAAGAUGUUUAAUCGAUUCAAUGUCAAGCCUCAAGAAUCACAUAUCAUGAUCAUUGAAAAAUUAACCAUUUUAAGUGAAUUAUUGAACCAUCAUAAUAACUUUUUAACUAGUUUCUUAACAAUCUUUGAAAGAUUCACAUCUAAUGAUGUUGAUAAUGAAGAUAUUUUGAAGGGAAUUGUUGAAACCAAACCUCAAGAACCUAAAACUAUCGAUAAAUUGAUCGAAAGAGUCAAUGUUUUAGCUACCAAUUUAAAGUAUUUCAAACAAUAUAAUGAAUCUAUUGAAGAUGAUGAGAAAAGAGCUAUUUUUAAUCAAUAUAAUAAUGACAUCAAUAAUAUCCAUCAAUUGUAUAAAUUGAGUUUAAAUGAAUUUGAAACUCCAAAGAAUUUCAAUCUCAAAUCUUUCCAUACUAAAAGAUUUCCUGAUGAUCAUCGAAGAGUUUCUGAUGAUAAAAGAUUAUCGGGAAGUUUGAAAUUGUCAGUAUUACAACAAGAAAUGGAUAAUGCCCAAAGAAAGAGAAGUAAUAGAUAUUCUGUGAAUUCUAUGAAUUCAAAUCUUAGUGGAUUAAGUGAAAUGAUAUCCAGUAAAGUGACAUCAUUUGAUGAAAUUGAAUUUCACAAACCACAAGAUGAUGAUAAUGAUAAUGAAACUAUUUCACAAGAUUUUGAUAAUUUUUUGAAUAAUUUAGAGAGUAAAUUAGAAAGUAGAUUAACUCAUGGACUUGAAUCCGAUGAACCUGAUAAUCAAGAACCUCAUAGUCAAGAUAAGUGA